UCCUGUCCGGUGUGUCACAGUUUCCAAUAUGGCGGCAUCCAUAGCCAGGUUUUUUUCACGUGUAUCGUGGCAUGGUUCUUGUAUUCUUUUGAAAAACACACUCCCAUGUAUAUCGUUAAGAUACACGUUUCAUCGCUCUGCAACAACCCAAAGUGGACUUCUUUUUUCGCUAAAUAAACGGGGCAUUUUGAAGGAUGCUUUCCCCGAAAACGCAGCCCAAGAUCAACUUCCUCAACUGCUGCAGUCUGGGUGCCAGACCGUGUACUGCGGAUUCGACCCCACGGCGGACAGCCUUCACGUGGGUAAUUUACUCGCCAUCGUCGGGCUAUUGCAUUUUCGAAGCGCAGGACACAAUGUCAUCGCUCUAAUCGGUGGUGCAACAGCACAGAUAGGGGACCCAAGCGGGAAAACGAGCGAGAGAGAGCAGCUACCGUCUGAUGUAGUGGAGGACAAUACAAGGGCUAUCAGGGACAGCUUGCAGCGAAUCUUCACCAACCAUGAACUGCAUUUCCACAACGACUCUAAAAAGCUUGGCACUGUAACCCUAUUGAACAAUUUAGCUUGGUACAAAGACUGGAAUGUGGUUGCUUUUCUGUCAGAAGUUGGCAGACGUUUCCGAAUGGGGACCCUGCUCAGUAGGCACAGUGUCCAGUCCAGGCUGAAGAGUGCAGAGGGCAUGAGCCUAACUGAGUUCUCUUACCAGCUGUUUCAAGCUUAUGACUUCUACCACCUGAACCAGAAUCAUAGCUGUAAGAUCCAGCUGGGAGGGACAGACCAGCUGGGCAACCUGAUGUCUGGGCACGAGUUUAUACACAAGGUGACUGGACAGGAUGUGUAUGGGCUGACCAUCCCACUGGUGACCAGCUCUGCGGGGGACAAGCUGGGGAAGACAGCAGGCAAUGCAGUGUGGCUGAACAGGGACAAGACAUCUCCGUUUGACCUAUAUCAGUUCUUCCUCAGGCAGCCUGACAGCAGUGUGGAAUGGUAUCUGAAGCUGUUCACCUUCCUACCCCUGGCCGAGGUGGAGAGGGUGAUGGAGCAGCAGAGACAGGAGCCAGGCAAACGGCCCGCACACAAACGCCUCGCCGCCGAAAUCACCAAACUGGUCCACGGCAAGGAGGGUCUGGAGAGUGCCAAAAGGUGCACCAAUGCCCUGUACCACAGUAACAUACAGGCCCUAGAGCAGAUGAGCGAUGCUGAGCUGCAGGAGCUCUUCAGAGAGGCCUCUUUCCAUGAGCUGCUGCUGGAGCCAGGGACCACAGUACUGGAUGCCUGCCGCAGGGCAGAGGCCAUCCCCCAGGGGGGCAAAGGGUAUCGCAUGGUAUCAGAAGGAGCUGUAUGGAUCAACCACAGUAAGACAGACAGCCCAGAGCAGGUACUGAUCCCUGGACAGCACCUCUUGGCCAACGGACUUUCUCUCCUCAAAGUGGGCAAGAAGAACUUCCACAUCAUCAAGUGGCUCAAUCUGUGAGUGGCACUGGGACCUUAAAACUACUAUGGACUGUUUGUGGACUGGAGGUAGGACCGCAAGCUGGGAGGCUUAGGUGAAGGGAGAUGGAUAUUGGAAAUGGACCUGUAUUGUUUCAAUACACCUGUUGGUGUCUGAGGGGAUUUAGUGCACUAUAUAUGUGUGGAUUGAAUGAUGCUGUAAGAUGUGGUAUUAAGUAUAUUUGUUAGGUUUCUGUCUUGUUAGUUGUAUGUUACAUACUGUGUCCGUAAACUGUUUUAUUUUUGUGAUCAUUCGAUAUUAGAUAGCAGAUUUGCCUACUAUUGAAUUUCACCACUAGGUGUCAGUAUUGUCUUCUCUUUCAAUGAGGACCGGGAAAAACCUCCUUUAGCAAGCCUGAAGGAAAGCUCGGUUGUGAGACCCUAGUUACAUUCAGGAAUUAAAAUUCAAUGGCAGAAAUAUCUUACAGCUAAAAUAAAUGAUAAUUCAAAAUUUAAAAAAUGACAAUAGGAAUAGGAAAUUAAGGAAGUAUAUUUCAUGAAGAAAAUGUGUGCUUGCUAGCUUGUUUUAAAGUAUUUAUGGUUUUUGAAAUAAGUUAUAGUAGUGGUACUGACUAAUGGUGCGUGGGUCAGCUGUUUGUUCACCCGCCCGCAAUUGCUAAUAACCCAUCUGCAACCGCACGACUACAUGUGAUGAAAUGAGAUGUAGAAAAUGCGCUAUAGGCAUGAUUUAGAUAUGUUUCUGCAUAUCAUUUCCCACAUAUUGGUAGGUUAUUUGUUAGUCAUGAUUCUGCUUUUAUAAUUUCCAACAUAUUUGUAGGCUGUUUGUUAGUCAACUUGCCAAUAAUUGGAUGCAUGUAGCUUCUCUUCUGUCAUUAUUAUGUUUCCCUAAAAGACUACAUAAACCCUUGCUCACCAGAAUAAUGUAAUAGAUCCCUAGAGUGAAUGCUUCAAUCUAGUUGACAUCAGUCAUGUUUUUUCAGUCUUCUUUUGCAGAGCAAAUACGUUUAGGGACUGGGGAGAAAAUACAAUGACGCAACAACAACAAAAAUGAUUUCUGUGCAAAAUGUCCAAAUGACAUCAGUUUGACCAGUUGUAAGGAAAACGAAAGCUGUGAAAAUGACCCAAAGUGUUUCUGAUAAUAUUUCAGUUUGGCUUCGAUGCAUAUUUUAUGUGUUUGAAAUACUAUCAGCUUUUAUGCUGCUCUUAUGAUGAAGACAGCACUUCUGCAGAUCUAUCUAACUGAGCAAUGCAUUCUAUCAAAAUGCAGAAAGAAAGAAAUCAUAUUUCUCCACUCCUGUUCCUAAGUCCAAAUUUAGCCUACAUUUGGUGUAUAAUUUUACUGUAAGAAAUGCUUCAUUCUGCAGGAGUUAAUAUUAAGGCUAUGUGAAAGGUUAUAGAUCUAGAGUCAGUGGCCAGAUUUCAGUUUCCAUUUAACCCAUCUGAACAACACUGGGCUACAGUUCUCUUGACGUGCCAUAGGCCUAUUUGAAGUCCCGUCUUGUGACUGUGGGAUUUAUACAGCGCCUCACAAUCAUCACACAUAACAUCCUCUUUUACCACUUCACCAAAUCUUUCCCAAACAUGACUUUUCUGGCCCAUCCUUCUCUGUCAAGUCUUCUUUCACAGCUUUGGUCUUGUUGAAUUAAACUUCCACAAUGUCAUUUUUAACCUCCGUGGAUUGACAUGAACUUUUUCCUCCCGUUCCCAAAAGCAUUAUUUGGUGAUUGGCUGUGUAGGCUAUUUGGAGCAUACAGUUAAGAUCUAAAGCUUAGGUUUAUGCACUAAUACCAGGUAGCCUAAAAUAAUGACAGAAAAACCUCAAUGUAGCCUAUAUAAAUUGCACAAGAAUUAUAAUUUUUUUAUGGAUUUUUUUUUGAAGGUAUUGUUUCUCUUUGUUCAACCCGCCUGCCACGCACCCACCCUUCAGCCACACAAUAUUUAGUGACCCUAAACCCAUCCGCCAUGUGGAUUAUGAGUCAACCCGCGCAUCACUAGUAGUGACUCCAGUAAUAAUGGGUGGUGACUGGUUAUAGUUGGAAAAGUAUGUAUAUGGAAAGAUUGAUUGGCUGAUUGAUUGAAUGCAUAGCUUGAAUGGUGUCUAGCUUGGUGGGUGCCGCUGCCAGAUGCAUAUAGGUGGAACGCAGGCUUGGUGGGUGCCGCUGCCAGAUGCAUAUAGGUGGAACGCAGGCUUGGUGGGUGCCGCUGCCAGAUGCAUAUAGGUGGAACGCAGGCUUGGUGGGUGCCGCUGCCAGAUGCAUAUAGGUGGAACGCAGGCUUGGUGGGUGCCGCUGCCAGAUGCAUAUAGGUGGAACGCAGGCUUGGUGGGUGCCGCUGCCAGAUGCAUAUAGGUGGAACGCAGGCUUGGUGGGUGCCGCUGCCAGAUGCAUAUAGGUGGAACACAGGCUUGGUGGGUGCCGCUGCCAGAUGCAUAUAGGUGGAACACAGGCUUGGUGGGUGCCGCUGCCAGAUGCAUAUAGGUGGAACACAGGCUUGGUGGGUGCCGCUGCCAGAUGCAUAUAGGUGGAACACAGGCUUGGUGGGUGCCGCUGCCAGAUGCAUAUAGGUGGAACACAGGCUUGGUGUUUGGGGUAUUUUUAUUUGGUUGUUGUUAAAAUAAGCUGUUAAUGUGUUUCAACACAUGCUUUCUGUUUUUCAUAGUUGUAACAAAGGCACUCCACAAAUUAAAAUUGAUUGAACACCUGAAUGUUGGUGUGUUUAGUUUUACAGUAACAUAAACUAAUGAAAAUGCUAUUGUUAUACAUUUAAAAAAAAAAAUCUUAAUCUAAUCUUACCUAAGCUCAUCAUAAACACAACCAAAUGAUUAUUUUUGCAAUAGCAUAUAUGACAUGUAUUAAUUAGACUGUUAGAUUGUUGCAGUGAGAUUGACUGCUUAUUAGCUUGAAGGGGGGGGGGGGGGUCCCUUGAGGCCCCAGUUCUAGUGUUAAAUUGUUCAAGAGGAGUUGUGUUGCCAAAUGUUCUCCAUGUAAGUCUAUAGCUCUUUCAUUGCCAUUGAAGUGCAUUGGGAGCUCAUUUAAAUAUUGUUGUAGUACAAAAAAAGUAUAGAUGCUGUAGAAAAUUAUUUAUAGAAUUUUCUCAAGGAAAGUUGGGGUGGUCUGCACAUUUGAAAGUUGGUUUUGUGUUUAUAGCUUAUACGUCAGCUGAUUAAAGGAUGGGGGAAUUAAAUAAUGAAUGAAUCUA